UCUGCUACUUGUCGUUCAUUCGCCAUGUUGGGGGUCGAUAUGGGCAGAGGGCUGGGCAUAAAGAGGAUAGUAUAUUACGACCAAGAGAAUCAAAAGUUUUUGUGAUAAUUUGGAGGCAUUAGGAUGUUGUGAUGCCCAAAAAAAGUUCUAGAAACAGUAAAAUUAUACGUAAAAGCUCUUGGAGGUCGAAAUUACUCCAACCUACCUCGGAUGAAAAGAAAAUUGUGAGUAACAUAUACAUUGGUGCGGGUAAUGCUCGGAGAUGGAUUAUUUUGAAGAAGAAAUUAGACUACCAGAGUGAUGUUGACUUUGUCGCCUAUUUACUAGAUCUCGCCGAACCUCUUUCUGGGGGAGAAAAUACGCACCCCACAGAGAACGAUCAAGAUAAAAAAGAGGACAGCGAUUCGUUGGCAGCCUGUGAUGUACAAGAAGAUACGGAUGACAGCACCAGCUCUGUUACACAAGACAUCAGUGAUGGAGAAUGGCAACCUACUAGCUCAGGAGCACUACGCAGAAGCCCUCGAACCCAGAAUGCUCCAAUCAAAUUGCAUGUACGCAGAAGUGCAAGGAAUAACCUUGAAAAUGUUGAUAGUGGACAAAAGGUUCCUUCAGAUAGAAAAUAUAAGAAAGACAAAAGUGAUAGCGUAGAUGAAAGUUUUGAUAAAUCUGCCUCAGACUUUGAAGGUUCAAGUGUUUCAGUAAGUGAUGAAGUUAAAGCAAGUACUUCAGACAAUAUUCAUGUGGUCACAGAAAAUGUAGAGCCAGAAGGAAAAAGUGUUCACAGUUCAGGAACUUCUGCUGAAGAUCUACCUGUGGAAUCAAGUAGAAAUAAUUCUAAAGUGUGGUUUAAUGAAAGUUUUUGUGAUGUUCAAUUAGGAAUUGAAAAAAAUAAGUCUUCCACCGUAACACUUUCGCCAUUAGUCGUUUUGGAAAAUGUAAUGCAGCCUCUGGAUGCCGGUGAUAGUGAAACUAACAGUGUUUUGAUUGAAGUUGGAGAACGCGUUAAACUGAAAAGGAGGAAGAAGAGACGCAAUCACAUUAUAGAGGAAGCAGGAGAAACAGAUGAACUGCAGAAUGGGAAAAAUGAGCAUAUACAUACCAGCAAGCACAGGAAGAGGAAACACAAACAUGGAGAGCACAGUACAAAAAAGAAGCAUCACGAUGUUCGGAAAGCACCAGAAGAUGGCUUUCCUCAUGAGAACAACAUGAUUGAGGUUGAGGCAGAUAGUCAGUGUAGUCUUGCAAAUGGAAAUAGGGAACUUUGUGUAAAAGAGGAAAAUGUCUCAUGGCCCUGUACAUCAGAUGAUGUUCUCAAAAAUGUGGAAAUUGACCCCCCAAUUGCCACACCACCACAUUCACAACAAGAGGAUCAGCCACAGCAGCUACAGCAAGAGCAGCAUCAGGCGCAACAGCAGCCUCACAUUCAACGUGUUGCAAUCAGGAUUAAGAUGUGUGGUGAUUGCAAUUCACGUCAUUUGUUAGAAGCUUGUCCUCUUCGCAGUCCACAAACAAUUGUGAGUGAUUCUGUAAUAUACAAGCAAUGGUUUGACCAUCGUGAGCAGAGUGAAAGAACUAGUGCUGUAAUAGUGAGUAACCCUUGUGAUGGAGAGGAACGUAAACCGACUAUACUCGAAGGACGGUCUGGUCAUCAGAGUUAUGCCGAAGCAUCGUUACCUGUCAGUUUGACUCUGAAAAUGUGUAAUGCUGAACAUGGACUAAGUGUAGUAGCAUUGACCCAUAUCCAGCCAUUUACUCAGUUUGGACCCCUUGUUGGACAAGCCAUCAGAGAAAUGGACAUUCCUGAUGACUUUAAUAUGAAGGACAUAUGGGAGAUUAUGACAGGAAGUGACCGGUUAUAUAUAAGUACACAGGAUGCAAAUAGCUCCAACUGGCUACGUUACUUAAGGCCAGCUCCUACACGUGAUCAACGUAAUAUUGUUCCACUUCCUCGUGAUGGUCAUCUUUAUUUUGUAACAUCUAUUGACAUUCAAGCUGGUGAAGAACUGCUUUACUGGGCAGAUGACCCAACCACCAUAUGGUCAAAGAAGAAAAUGGAGAAAACAAAUUGUGGUGGCUGUAAUUUGAGAUUCUCUCAUCCACUUUACUACCGUAUGCACUGCUCAUUAUUUCACGAUCCAAACUUCAGUCUUACCAUACGCAAAUAUCAUUGCAAAGUUUGUGGCACAGCAGUGUUGGGGAAGGAGAACAUAAUGAAGCAUGCUGCAGAGAUGCAUGAUGGCAAAGGAGCAUACCAGUGCCAGUAUUGCAAAAAGUUCUUUCUACGGCUGAAUUAUCUGGAAAUGCAUAGAACAUAUGGCUGUGCAGCCAAUCCCCAACGAGCUCGUCCUCUGUGUGAUUUCUGUGGGCGCAAAUUCUGUCAGCCUCAGAAACUGAAGGUUCACAUCAAACGUAUGCAUAGUGAUAUGGCUGAAGUCUUGCGAGAAUUCCAGUGUAAGAUAUGCCUCAAACUCCUUGGGUCUCGUGCAGCCUUACAGAGACAUAUGAAAGAAGUCCAUCACAAAGAUAUUGUUGGAGCCUGCACGUGCGAUCGUUGUGGCAAGAUGUUCCAAAAUAAGUCUAAUCUCAAGAUACAUAUGUUGACACAUUCUGGUGUUAAACCAUUUAGAUGCAGAGAAACUGGAUGCACAGCUGCAUUCACGACCAAGCAGUGCCUGCAGUUUCAUUACAAGAAAGUCCAUGGGUUCACAGAGGAAAACAUGCCUGUGAUUGAAAGAUCAGUUGCAUACACAUUUGAUGCUUACUCUGGUGGCACUGUGGAAGACCCUGGCAGAGGAAAGUCACCUCGGUUUGAUAAAGAACGAAGGAACUCCACAGAUAACAAUAGCAGUAGUCUGCUAUCAUUAGAUGAUAGCAGUACCACCUCUAGUGCCAAAGCUGAUAUCUCAGGGACCAGCUCUAACACUGAUGCAUUGGAAGAAAAAAUUAGUAUGGCUAAUCCCCAGCCGACAGCAUCGUUACCACCUCCGUUGCCCCCAUCUUCCCAGUCUCACAUACAUAAUACAAACAUUUACACUACGCAGACAUUAUACACAACCAAAGUUGUAGUGAGCAAAGGAAGUAAAAAGUGGAUGGGUGACAGUAUCUUACCUCUUGUGCCUUCCCCAAAGAGGGAUAUUUAUGAGUUUGUGGAUGAAAAGCAGAUAAGGGAGGACGAAAGGAAGGUAAGUGUUGAAGACACUGAUAGAGUGAUAGAACACGAGUCAGUUUUUCGGCGUCCUGAAUCGUCAAAUGCUAGCCUUCUAGUAGAAGCAGCACUUGAUGCUGCUGAACGUGAUAUUGACAUCUCAAGUAUGGUACCAAGUACUGCUUCUACAACUGUAAUAACUGCCAGUGAACUGGCCGGUACCAAAGAACAGACAGGAAAUUUGUAUGACCUACCACAUUCACAAAGUCAUUUAGUAAAUGGAAAUCACCACCAUCAAGCACUGAGCAUGCAGUCACCCAUCCACAAUAAAACUGAACAAGAUAACCAUGUCGAAAACUAUCUUGUGUCACCAUCCACCACACCAGAGCACCAUUUGCAGCCACAACGCUCAAGCCCAGACAAUAAUCACUUACAACAGAUGGAUAGUUACACGCUUCAGAGACAAUCACCGUCGCAGCCUGAUGCAGAGUCUCUCAAUAAUCAUCCACAACAUAGGCCUCAUGUUGUGGAUGUGUAUGCUUUGCAACAUCGUGAUGAUGAAGGAUCAGAAUCAGUGCCACAAGGAUAUGCCAUACAGCACCGGCAGGAGGAACUGAUGUCUCCUGCUGGUACACCAGAUGCAAGCUACAGCCUGCAUCACCAGGAAGAAAUCAUCUCACCAGCUGGAACUCCAGCACCAACUACAGCUGCUGCAACGUAUGAUUUACCUGCAGCUGAUGAUGCAUCUAGUUGUGAUGAAGGUGAAGUGCAGAAUUUGAGUGUAGGCAUAAAGGGCAAGCUGGACUUGGCAGCCUACAAGCAAUAUGAAAGCCUGGAUGAAUUCAGUCGUGUUGGGGAUAGGUUUGAGCCACUGACAGUUGUUGGCAACAGCGGUGAGCUGCAAGGCCUGGAUAUGUCGGCACGCACAUACCAUCCUCAUCCUACUCACCCUCAAGGUUUCCCUCGUUACCACCACGCACUGUACGAGGAAAGACAGAGUGUCGACCUGUCUCGAGGUAGUGGAUAUGCGUCUCCACCUCCAUAUGGUGGACACUCAGAGGUAUUGCGAGUGGUGAGUUUGGACUUAACACCAGGAGGAGGUAGGCACAGUGUAGACUUGUCUUUACCCCGGGCAGCUGUGGUUCCUGGCCAGCAGGCAUUAUCUGAACGAAUUGUAUCACCUCCACCACCACACCCCAAUUAUCACGGUUAUCCUCUCUCGCCAUCACCAUACCAUCCUGCUUCCCGUACUCCUCAUAUCACCUCUACCUCUCCGACAACGUAUCAUCAUUACUCAGGUUACUAUUGAGGUGUGCUGUGUAUCUUAUUUUUUGUCAGAGUAUUUUGGAAGAGUAUUUCUUUACUACUGUGAAACAAAUGUAUUUGAAUAAGACAUAGAUGAUGUUAUUCAGUAGAAUUAGAUGUUACAAGGCAAUUUUUUAUAGCUGUCUUACUUGUUGCUACUUGUGAUUGGUGGAAAGAUGAUGUGAAAGCCACUUUGCAUCCACAUGAUUUAUAUAAUUUUUAAGAUUAAUUGUCAGAGGUUUCUAAAAUAACGUUAAAAAAAAUUUAUAUGUCUAUCUCCCUGUUUUUAAGUUUUUCUGUUAAAAUGUUUGUCGUCAUUAAGUUGCUUUGAUGUCAUUUCACAGUAUGUUCCUGGCAGUGGGCUCUGCCACUGGAAAGACAAGCAGAAUCACUUAAGUCAUGACACGUUAAUAAUUCAAGCAUUACAACUGGCAAAACUUACUUCAUCACAGGAUGAUACUUUCCUGCAUAUUUUCUCUUCACUGGUUUUGAAAGUAUGUAGGGUAUGUUUCUAAAAUUUUAUGUGGUAUGGAAUAUACAAACAAAACUAAUUGGAAGUAGCAGUCUUGUGCUAGCGUGAUUAAAGAUAAGUUGACUUGUUGAUCACAUUUUCCCCCAGAAAGCUAUUCUUAUUUUGUUGUAAUUUUCCUUGAGUUGUUGGAUUAAGAUAGCCAAAUGCAAAAUUUGAUAUUCAGAAAGGAAAAUCAGUGGAGUACCAACUAACUUCCUCUUUGAAAUGUAAAUUUUUACCUAGGUUUUUUUUUCCUUUUGUUUCUGUAACAUCUUUUUCUUUUGAUGAAGGGAUUAUCAGAUUCAAAUGUAAUAUCUUUAACAUUGUUCUGCUUGUUUCUCUCGAGUCUUCUCUGGUUUUUGAGCUUUUGGUGGUCAGUAAAUUGAUACUGUUCUGUUCUUAUACAUUUUAUUGCUACAGUUAAUGUUUAAGCUGCAUAGUGGUACCCAUUAUCAGCAUUAAUAUAUUUGAAGAUGUGAAUACUGUAAGAGUCCUCAAGUUAAUUUUGAAAACACAAGUGUAAUUCUUUCCUUUCUGUCUCCUGCUUUUCUUGGCCCCCUCUUCACCACCACCACUCCCCUUUCCUCCCUUACUGAUGUCCAUCUUUUUGCUGGAAUUGCUAUCCCAUUAAUUACUUUAGCAACGGAAUGCAGGCCCAAUUAGACAAGAAAAGUAGAAGGUCAAAAAAUGUAUUUAGCCAACAGUAUUUCAUGGGUAAAUCUGUAUGUGUCUUCCAUGCCAUGUGCUACCUCCUUAGCUGUGUGUGUUCAGACCAUGGUACUCUCCUAUCUAGAGGAAAUGUUUUCUCCAACUUUCUUUUUCUUUCAGCUCAAAAUAUUUCAUCUCACAAUAUGAGACAUAAUUUAAAAGGGAGAAAAUUCAGUCAAGAAAACUAGCAAACUGUGAGGCAGAAUUUCUGGCCAGUACUCACUUUCACGCAAUGAAAUAGUUAGUAAUGCCAACUGAUAUGUAUAUAAAAGUAAGCGUGACAACACUUUCCUAGUUUUACAAUUAUUAGUUCCUUCCACAGGGAGGGAGAAUGUAUAGGUUGGGGAAAUUUAAAAAGGAAGUGUCAUCCUUUUUGCCUACCCACAUCUCCUCCCUGAAGAAUUGAAAAUUUGGAAGCUGAGAUAACAUAAGAGAUGAGUACGAGGGAGUCACAUUCUGAAAACAUAUCUGACUAAAAGAAUGUGGACUUUCAAACAAUCCCUGUUAAACAAAAAUAUUAAUUUCAUCACUCUUCUUCUUCUUCUUCUUCUUCUUCUUCUUCUAUUUCUAUUUCUACUUAGUACUACCACCACCACUACCACUCCUACUAUUGUGAGUUUUACAGGUGCAUGAGAAGGAUGGUCUAUUGGCCAAAAGCUGAUGUGACCUAUACAACGUUGAACAGAAACUGUGCGGAAAUACCUGUGUUCUUAAUCAUUGAUCACAAAACUGAAGAAAAACAUUUGUAGCAGCCAUGGCAGAGAAAAAAGACUAGCACUUCACUUAAACUAUAGAGUCAUAUCUCCCGUAAGUGGGCAAGAGACAACAGCCAAAAUUUACAAAUUAAAUGGAACAUAGCUACUAUGCCGCUGAGCUGUCAGAGGAAUGCAAGCUCCACUGUCAUUGAAACAAGCCUGAAAAUUGAUGUCAUUUGUUAGUAAUUCCAACAUUCAUUACUAAAAAACUACACACAGACAAUUUUUAUGAUCUCCUUCUUUAUUUUAGCAUGCCUUAAAUUUGAAGAAUUUUGCUUAAUACUUCUUGUUUCAUACAGCCAGACAUAUUCUGAAUUAAGCUCUGCCUUGUCACAUAAGAAAUAUGCAGAGAAAAAGUUUUAAAAAUUAAUCAUUGACUCCUUUGUGAAAACAGCUAGUAACAGUCAUGUACACAUAAAAUUAUAAACAUGUCAAACCUCGUCCUGUAAGUGAUCUCAGUUCAUUCACUGAAGUUGAAAGAGAAGUGGAAGAGGCAAAUAGAUUGCUCCAUUGCUCAUGAGUAACUGUUGGUUUUUGUCUGUCUUGUUAGCAUUAGUAAUAAAAGAUCUUGAAAGAGAGGAAGAUAACAGUUUAUAUCUCACUGAUAAUGACAUCUCUGUAUGGUACAUCCUGUGCACAAAAUGUGGACUAUACUACAGUCCUGGUGGUUAUAAACCCAUUAAAUUAUUGAUUUUUUUUUAAGUUUUAUUUUCAGACUGGAUGAGAUAGUGCAUAUAAAUUAUAUAAAUAUGGUAUGAAUACACGCAGGCAAUCCACCUUCCUCCUUCCUCCUCCUCCUCCUCCUCCUCCUCCUCUCUCUCUCUCUCUCUCUCUCUCUCUCUCUCUCUCUCUCUCUCUCUCUCUCUCUCUCCCCUCAUCCAUCUGUCUGCUAUUUUCUUGAUGUAAUUUAUUAUAAUUGCUUUAUCAAAAUACAAUCCUCAGGUUCACAUAUGUAUGGGAUGGAGAUCUUUCUCACAGGUUGUUGAUCAUUGAUAGUUAAAAGAAAAUAUUGGUGUGUAUAUAUAAAUAUACUGUACCACUUACAUUGGUAUUUGUAAAUAGCGUCUGUUAAAGCUGAUUUUUAUUUUUAAUGUCAUAACAUAGUUGCCAAGUGUGUACCAAAGUGUUUGCUAACAAGCAUAUGUCAAAUAGCUCAUAUCUUUUAAGUUUUUUGUUGCUUUAUUCAUCAAAGCUUGUGUUUUAGUUACUCGCAAACUGUGAUUUUUUUAAAAAAAUGUUACUGAUGUGAAGCCAUGUAAAAUUUUACAUAUUUGCUGCUAGUCACUAUAUUUACAGUAUUAUGUUUGUAUAUAACAUUGUUCUAGUAUUAUUGUUCCAAAACUGUAUGGUACCUGUAAGUUUAAUACUGUGCAGCUGUACUUUUACAUUGCUCUGCAAUUAUGUUUAAAACCUGACACAUAAUUUUAAACACUCAGGACGUAAUGUUUUUAUUAGUAUUUGCUUGUUUAUUGUAGGCAGGUAAUUUGGUCCUGAGUGCAUGUUAAGACCUCACUUCAGCACUUGAUAUCUGCAUUGCAAGUUUUAGAGUACUGAAAGCUAAGCAGUACCAGAUAUUAAUAAUGCCAUUUGUUGUAAUGUUUGCUUGAUUUGUGUGUGUGUGUGUGUGUGUGUGUGUGUGUGUUUGUGUGUGUGAUGAAACAAAAAUGCUUCCAAAAAUGUGUGUUCAUACUAAAGGUCAGUUGCCAUAAAAAUACAUUUAGAAUUAACUGAAAUAUUACUGCCUAUUACCAUUGUGCAUGUUUAUCCUUAUACAGAUUGAUUAUAUAUGUAGCCUAUGCUUAAUGCCAAAGAGUUUUUAGAACUGUUACCAAAUAUACUGAAGCCAAAAUUUAUAUGAGAGCCAUGAGUGAUAAGUGGAAUUUCAUUAUUAUUAUUAUUAUUAUUAUUAUUAUUAUUACUAUUCAGUCUAUUUAUAAAAUAUUAAAUCAAACUUUGGUUAAUAUUUUGUAGCCAUUAUAAUGCUCUAAUAGUGCUUAAUACUAUUAUAGCUCUAGGAAUGAUAUUAUAUACAAAUUAUGAAACCAAUGAAAAAUUGUUCAACAGCUAUUAAUCAAUUACAAUUUGCUUUUGUUAGGUGACAAUGGAGAGGAGAUAAUGAUGAUGAUGUCUGAUGUAUCUUUUCUUGAUAAAUUUUGAACAACAGUAACAUUUGACAUUAACAUUACUUAACCUAUGUUGCAGCACAGAAAUAUUUUAAUGACUGUAGUCUACAUUAUAAAUAAUAAUUCAGCAAUGCGUGUGAUGUUAGACAUCAAAAUCUGAGCCACUAAACAGUUAACAAUAUUUGCUGCUUCUCUCUUCGUUUUCUCAAAGGAAAAAUUAUUCUUUAAAACUCACUGAAAUGUUUCAAAUGUCAAUCAAAACGGUCUUAUUUUGAUAAGAAUUGGUAACUUGUGACCAAUUGUUUGAAUCUGCAUUUUGAUACUGUUAAUUAAUAAUUGAAGGCUGUCAUUUAUCAGAGUGUUUACAUACGUUUUCUUUUAUUCUUAAAUAGUGCCUUUGAGUGCAGUUUUGGAACACUGAAAAACCAAAAUGCAGACCAUUUCAUGAAGAGAGUGUGAGAAUACUUUGUAUCCAUUGCACUGAAUGUUCAUUUCACUCAGAUAUAGAAACGGGUAGAAUAAAUUAAUCUGACAGGUUAAUGUAAAAAUAAAAUAGAAAUCACCCCACCACUGAUAACUCAACAUAUAAAAUAUUAGAAAAUUAAGAUAUUGUACUAGGUAUAAAUGGCAGGGUAUUGGAAUGAAUAUUUGAAGCUUCUGGAAGUUACAAUAAUUUCAUUACCUUCAGAAGAUUUCAUAUUUAUUCAGUGGCAGAUUAUAUUGAGCAGAAUGACUUGCUGCACAGUACUGCACUUGACAGUUGAUUCCAGGAGAACCUACUUUGGUAUAAGGUUUAGACAGAUCACACUAAAUUCAUGUAUUCAUUUCAUUAAUAUUACGCUCAGAGCCCCUAUGUGCUUUUUGUUAGAUUUGCUUCAAGAAUCCUACAGGAUGUACUACUUUUAAAGCAACAGAUUUCAUUUACAACUGAAGUAUCUGUAUUAUGUCUUAGCAAGUAUGUUUGAAAGCAUUGUCUACAUACUAAACCCCUUUAUGCCCUCUGUAUGUUUCUAAAAAAUGUAGCAAUGAUACUGAAAGUAUAUGAAAAAUAAUAUUGCUGUGGUGCAGCUCAGGACAACAAAUGAACUGCCUCCAUGCAUUUAAACAUGUAUUGUCAAAUCAUACUGAGAUUCCUAACUGUAUUUGUUAUAAAGUGCUACCGUGUGUAUUUGGGAAUUAACAGUUCAUUGAUGCUAGCAUACCAAUAAACAGAUUUCAAGACUUCAUUUUAAAAAGUUACCCAGUGAUUUUUAUUGAAAAUACGUUAUUUAUAAUUGCAGCAGGGAUUAAUAUGAUUGUUAUUUAUACCAGAUAGAAACUAAAAGACAUUCACAGUGAGACACAUUUUCACUUUACUAAACAUAUUUAGGGAAGAAACAGAAAAGAAUGACAGUAAUGUAUUGCAAAGCUUGGACCAAGCUGUGGUGGCAUUGCUCAUGGUUUUUUUUUUUUUUUUUUUUUUUUUUUUUUUUUUUUUUUUUUUUUUUUUAAAUCAGAAAUUAACUCCCAUUCACUUCAUUUAAAACUAUGAAAGUGUCUUUUAUUUGGCUCUUGAGAAAGUGUCCGGAAGGACAUGUGCACAUCACAUUAGAAGUAGGUGGAUUCAGGGAAGUUUCAGUGCAAAACGUGCUUACGUUGCAGUGUCAAAAUAAGACGUAGCAUUAUAGGCCUUAUCAGAUACAAAAAACAUUGAUAAUCAGAAAGGAUAGCUGGUAGCAUUUUGUAUUGAAAGAAUCUCAAUAUUGGAUAUAUUAUUGUAAAAUUUACAGUAACAGGUAAUCUCAUUAGUUUUUUAUGAUAGUUGUUUAUUAAGUUUUUGGUCUAUUUCUAUUAUUAAUAACAGUAUUUGCAUUUUAUCUGGUCAUACCACCUUUAAAUCUGGUCAGAUAUAAGUUCCAAAUGACAGUGGAAAUAUAUUCAUAGUGUCACAAGUGACGGGGCAUCUUCAAAUAGUGGCACUGUUGUGAAUUCAGUCUUUGUAUUAAAUGUUGAAUAUACAUGUAUAUUAAUCUUAAAGUACAAAUUGUAUUGUACCAAACAAAGUAAAUUGUUAUUUUAAUGUAACUUUUCUAUGGACUGUAGAUCUGUAAAAAUGGAAAAAAAAUUAAAGUCUGCAGUUUGCAUUUGUUCAUAUAACAUUAUGGUAUAUCUCUGAUGUUCUCAAAUCAUGGUGACAGACAUUUCAGUCUGUGAAUGUUGCUGCUUAUAAAUCUCAGCCAUUAUUACUCAAUGAUUAAAUUGAAUUUUUACUAAA